GUAGUCUUCUCAAAUCACCCUGCUUUCCUGCUCUUCUAAAGCUACCUCCUACAAUCUAAAUCCAGUCUUCCAGUAAAUUGUCUUGCAUACCACUUCUCUACAAUGAAGUCCUACGCUGUACUUCUGACCUUUUUUGCUUCUCUAGCUUUGGCCACUCCGGCGGUUCAGAGCAAUGCUCAGGAAGGCGAGUUGCUCGCACGUCAACAUAGGCCUGUUCGUCCCCCAGGCAGCUGCUGCGGACAUACUCAAUGCGCCGACUCUUGUUGCCCUGGCGGUUGUCCCGCAGUAGGCAUUUGAUGGAAGAUCGAAGCAAGUGCCUUUCUUGCAAGCAUGGUUGGGUAGAACUGCAGUAGUAGUUGUUACUCUAAUGUCUUGGAGGAAUCGGCCUACUGAUAGAUCUUGGGAGUGAUCUGGAUCUUGUUGCAGAGGAAACUGUCAGAUAUCCGGCCAAACGCUGAUAGACAAAU